CCCUAUGCCAAGGGUUACAUUUCAUCUUUCAUUCCCGUAUACAACUCCAGAUGGCAACAUUCUCCUUUAUCUGAGCAAUAUGUCAUUCUCUGAUAAUGUGAUUUGCAGCGCUGAUCAGCUUUUGGAUCCAUUGAAAAUAAAUUCAGGAACAGAAUAUGUGCUGCAGAAAUUUGAAGAAAAUAUAAAAGAUACAAUAAUGGACUGCAAGAGAAUGAAGUGCUCCUCAUUUAACUGCACCAUUGAGCCAUCAGACACCACACACAUCAACGUAUCAUUAAGAAUAUGGAAAGCAACUUUCAUUAAGGCCAGUAUCCACAACCUGAAUCUAGUCUUAAACGCUGCACUGAAAAGUGAGAACGAUGUACUCGUCUUAAGAAGUGACAGUGAAAAUUAUGAGACAAUGAUUAAGCUGUCAAAAGAGUUGGAGCACGGGGAGGUGCCAAUCUGGGUCAUUCCAUUAAGCAUCAUUAUAGGAUUACUUAUUUUAGCGCUCAUCAUUUUUGCAAUGUGGAAGCUCGGCUUUUUCAAAAGACCACUGAAGGAGAAAAUGGAAAAAUGAGAAGGAACUUUUUUUUACAGAACAUUCAAUGAAUACUUGAACACUGACUCAGGCUUAUUUGUAUUGGAAUACUGAAAUGAAAAUUACAUUUUUUUGGUUCUUAAAUAUUUUUAUAGACAGUUUCAGUGACUAAGGGACUUACUUUUAUAUACAAUAAUGGGACAGUUUUCAUGGGGACCUGACCAUAAGAAAAUGAAAAGCACAA